UCAUGUGUGGUUCCAGACUGAGCAGUCAUGGAGGCUCAUGUACGGUAAGAGUCCUGUGUGGUUCCAGACUGCGCAGUCAUUGCGGCUCAUGUACAGUAAGAGUCCUGUAUGGUUCCAGACUGCGCAGUUAUAUCGGUUCAUGUACGGUAAGAGUCCAAUGUGGUUCCAGACUGAGCAGUCAUGGCGGCUCAUGUACGGUAAGAGUCCUGUGUGGUUCCAGACUGCGCAGUCAUGGAGGCUCAUGUACAGUAAGAGUCCUGUCUGGUUUCAGACUGCGCAGUCAUGGCGGCUCAUGUACGUAAGAGUCCUGUGUGGUUCCAGACUGCGCAGUCAUGGCGGCUCAUGUACGGUAAGAGUCCUGUGUGGUUCCAGACUGCGCAGUCAUGGCGGCUCAUGUACAGUAAGAGGACUGUAUGGUUCCAGACUGCUCAUGUACAGUAAGAGUCCUGUGUGGUUCCAGACUGCGCUGUCAUUGCGGCUCAUGUACAGUAAGAGUCAUGUGUGGUUCCAGACUGAGCAGUCAUGGAGGCUCAUGUACGGUAAGAGUCCUGUAUGGUUCCAGACUGCACAGUCAUGGCGGCUCAUGUACGGUAAGAGUCCUGUAUGGUUCCAGACUGCGCAGUCAUGGAGGCUCAUGUACAGUAAGAGUCCUGUGUGGUUCCAGACUGCGCUGUCAUUGCGGCUCAUGUACAGUAAGAGUCAUGUGUGGUUCCAGACUGAGCAGUCAUGGAGGCUCAUGUACGGUAAGAGUCCUGUGUGGUUCCAGACUGCGCAGUCAUGGCCGCUCAUGUACAGUAAGAGUCCUGUGUGGUUCCAGACUGCGCAGUCAUGGAGGCUCAUGUACAGUAAGAGUCCUGUGUGGUUCCAGACUGCACAGUCAUGGCGGCUCAUGUACAGUAAGAGUCCUGUGUGGUUCCAGACUGCACAGUCAUGGCGGCUCAUGUACGGUAAGAGUCCUGUGUGGUUCCAGACUGCGCAGUCAUGGAGGCUCAUGUACAGUAAGAGUCCUGUGUGGUUCCAGACUGCGCAGUCAUGGCGGCUCAUGUACAGUAAGAGUCCUGUGUGGUUCCAGACUGCACAGUCAUGGCGGCUCAUGUACAGUAAGAGUCCUGUGUGGUUUCAGACUGCACAGUCAUGGCGGCUCAUGUACAGUAAGAGUCCUGUGUGGUUUCAGACUGCGCAGUCAUGGCGGCUCAUGUACAGUAAGAGUCCUGUGUGGUUCCAGACUGCGCAGUCAUGGCCGCUCAUGUACGGUAAGAGUCCUGUGUGGUUCCAGACUGCGCAGUCAUGGCGGCUCAUGUACAGUAAGAGUCCUGUGUGGUUCCAGACUGCGCAGUCAUGGAGGCUCAUGUACGGUAAGAGUCCUGUGUGGUUCCAGACUGCGCAGUCAUGGAGGCUCAUGUACGGUAAGAGUCCUGUGUGGUUCCAGACUGCACAGUACCCAGACUCUUAUCCUACGAUUUGUCUGUGCAGUGAUUCCAUCACCAGCCGAUCCGAUCGGGACGUGGAUUGUCGGCUGAGGAGAGGCUCGGAUCCGCUAGAAUUGCUGAUCCCAGCAGCCGCACUCAAUGCCUGUCACUUUGUGUUAGUGAUGCGUCAGGCGCCCCCCCACUGCUGUCACCCUGCCGGGCCGGGGGUGGGCGCGCUCGGUCUGCCCCGUCAUUGUUCUCUGCAGUCAGUCACACCAUUAUGUGCAGAGGUUCGUGUUAUUGUGCGGCAGCAGCCGGAGAGAUGGUGAGAGUUGCUGCAGUUCUCCUGUCCGCUGGGAGUUAUGGACUUUUCGUCCGGUAAAUGGAUGUUAAUAUUGCUGUGUAAUUAGGGGCCACGUUACCACGUGUGCCGCAACCACCAGGAGCGGCAGGUGACGUGGCACCUUUA